AUGGCCGCGGAACUAACUUCCAUAAAGCUCAACCCUGACAAUCACCUCCUCCUGGAUCAACCUCUUCUCCGCGUCCCAUAUGAGCUUGCCCGCCGAAAUUUUAAGUCAGUUCAACGCAUUGUCGAGCGGGAAAAAGAUCAUAUUAUCCCUUCCCUGAAAGAAACCGCCAACGCAUCAUUAUCUGGCAGCCAGAGCCCCUCCCAAACGAUCGAAGCCCUAGAUGCGAUGAUAGCACGAAUGCAGGGGCUGAAACGGAAGAUGGAGGCUUUGCACGAGGAGGAGAAAAAAAUUGCUACCCAGUCUCAAAAGAGAAUACAGUACAUACAGGAUUUGUACAAGAUCCCAAGCCUAGCAGACGUCAAAUAUGAGCAAUGGUCAAGAACACGCUUGAAUCGGCUAUUAGCCGACCAUAUGCUCCGCUCUGGGUAUCUAGAAAGUGCUAAGCAGCUUGCUGAGGAUAAAGGGAUUACUGAUCUUGUGGACUUGAACGUCUUUGCCCAGUGUCAACGAAUCGCGGACAGUCUUCGCCGGGGCGAUGCUAAGGAGGCUCUUCAAUGGUGCGGAGAGAACAAAGUUGCUUUGAAAAAGAUUCAGAAUCGCCUAGAGUUCGAGCUGAGAUUGCAGCAAUACAUCGAAAUGCUGAGAGUAGGAGACAAAGCAGAGGCAAGACAGCACGCAAAGAAAUUCCUCACUGUUCACAGCGAAUCUCAGGCACAGGAUAUUCAACGUGCUGCAGGGCUCUUAGUCUAUCCUCCUCAUACUCGAGCUGAGCCAUACAAGUAUCUUUCGAAUCUAUUUAUCCGCACACACCAUGAUUUGUUAUCGCUGUCUUCUCGUCCGCUUCUCCAGAUCGCUCUCUCCGCCGGUCUCUCGGCGCUCAAAACACCAUCAUGCCACUCCGUGAAUGCUUCGUCUAGGGCCAAUCCGAAUUCCUUGAGCACGUCCAUCUGUCCUAUCUGCUCAACUGAACUUAAUGAUCUAGCGAAAAAUGUGCCUUACGCUCAUCAUACGAAAAGCUCUGUUGAGGUUGACCCGGUUGUGCUUCCAAAUCAUAGGAUAUAUGGCAUGGGUCGCUUGUCUGAUCUGAGUAAAAAAGCUGGCGUCCCGGAGGGAAAGGUUAAGGAUCCUUUCACUGGUGACAUUUUCGACGAAUCGGAGGUUAAGAAGGAGUUUGGGGCAACAAUGCAGACUAUAUAG